AUGAGCAAAGCUUUUGAUAGCAUCAACAGGAGCAAACUACUUAUCGUGUUAAAGAACAUUAUAGAUGAAGACAGUCUACGCAUGAUACAUAUGCUAUUAUCGGAAACUCAACUUUUUGUCAGAAUUGGCCCUAAAGAAUCUAGACUAUUUCCUACAAAUUUUGGAACCCCACAAGGGGACACACUAUCGCCUAUAUUAUUUAUCGUCUAUCUGGAGGCAGCUCUGAGAAACUUAAGAGCAGAAAUUGGAUAUAUGGACAACCAAGUUGUGAAACUCAUAUACGAGGAUGAUCUUGACUUUAUUACGGAGAAUUCGAAAUUAAUAAAAAUUAUUAUGGAGAAAGCAAAAACAAUUCUCGAUAAAUGGUCACUCAAAGUCAACGAAGAGAAAACCGAAAUAACCACCGUCGAACGUAUGCCAACUCGCAUAGAUGAGAAGUGGCGAAACGUCCGAAAACUCGGAUCUCUUCUUGGCGAUUCUGAAGAUAUUAUUUACCAGACGAAAAAUACUAUCAACAAUUGCACUUAA